AUGAUAUCUGAGCGGUGUAAGUCCACACCGAUCUCCGGCGAUUGCAACCCCAAAUCGAAACGAGUCUCCUUUAUUUCGCUCACUCCUCACGGAUCUCCGCCACCGAUCUCCGCCGAUUGCAUCCCAAACCGAAACGAGUCUCCUUUUCCUUCUAGUGUAAACAUUGGAGUAUCAGAGAUCCCUCCUUUCAGUUCACAACAAUCUGAUGCUCCAUCUCUACCCAAAGUAACAGCGGCGGAGCGUAGUCAGAGGAGGAAAUGGACCCCAGCUGAUGACGAGGUUCUAAUCAGUGCCUGGAUAAACACAUCUAAGGAUGCUGUUAUUGGAAAUGAACAAAAGUCAGGGACCUUCUGGAAACGAGUAGGAGAAUAUUGUGCAGCAAGUCCUCAUGCUAGAGAGGAUGGUGCAAAGAGAGAGCAUCUUCAUUGUAAGCAGAGGUGGCACAUAAUCAAUGAUCUCCCUAACAAGUUCUGUGGCGCGUUUGCGAAAUGGCUUAACCUUAACACUCCUAAAGAUAGUGGCAGUUCAAAGAGGAAAACUGGUGAGCCAAGUUCCCAAACUUCAAGCACCAAUGUUGGUGAUCAUGAGAUCCGGCCUGAAGGUGUCAAGCCUGCUAAAUCUAAAAGGAAUACUGCUCAAGGGAAGUCUCUUGCUGAGUAUACGACCAUUUGGGAAAUGAAGAAGGAGGAUUUGGCGAUGAAGGAAAAACUGUCAAAGCUGGCCAUACUAGACACUCUCCUGGCCAAGAAAGAACCAUUAACUGAGGCCGAAGAAGUUGUCAAGAAUAAGCUCCUAGCCGAGUUGAUCUGA